UUUCACCCACGCUUCAUCACAACCGCUGGACUGGAAGACUUUGAGACAAAUGAGUGGAUUUCUUCAAAGCAGAACUUGACUGUGAGCCUCUUCCAGCAUGCCUCUGAAUAUCACCAGCAUGCCACACUGCAUGUGUUCUGGUUGCAAUGGGAUGAGGAUCACUGUGCAGGCUUGGACUGGCUUUUAGGCAACUAUUGGCAAGCGCUCAUGACACUAGACACUUAUGCGACUGCACUUGGCAAGCUGCAGCAAGAGCUUGGAAUUGCAGACCAUGACUUCCCAAAUUUUGUGCAAGAGGAGUGCAAAUACUUCCAGAACCUGCAGCACAAGCCUGAACACAAUGUUGUUGCCUUCAAGUAUCUUGAAACCUUGAAAAGCUCGCAGGUGACAAGGUACAAGUGUCAACUUGUGACUACUUGGCACUUGCUGUCUGAGCAGGUGCGCUGGCAAAUGCUUGAGUGUGAUCAUCUGGCCGCAAUCAAGGCUGAAGAGAGGCUCGAAGCCCCCAUCUGUCAAUAUGAAACAAUACUUGACACUGCUCACUGGACUCCAAACUGUGAGGAAUGGCAGCACACGGAGGUGGAUCUGGCCAACCAGGCCUACAAUGAUGCGCUAGAUGAGCUGGAGAGUCUCAUAGUCCAGAGGCUCUUUGAGAUGGAAAAGAGAAAUUUAUGA